GCUACCGGUACUAGUAGCUAACGCUAAGACGAUUCGGGCCGUUCCGAUCGGGCCAGUUUACUGUCACCGACCGGCCUAUAGACCGCGCACGUCCGUAUACUUGUACAGUAAGUAAGCCUAUUGUAUAACAUUAUCAGCAAUGGCGAUCAGGCAAGCGGAAACAUUGGUGCUAGGCGGCGGAAUUUCUGGUCUUGCUGCUGCCUUUUACCUCAGAGCCUCCCAAAUAAGAGAAAAUAGAUUAGAAAAUCAUACUGGUCAAGGGAAGAUUGUUGUUUUAGAAGGCAGUCCUCGAGUGGGAGGAUGGCUGGACUCUUUCCAAACACCAGAGGGAGCUGUUCAUGAAAGAGGUACACGCAGCAUUCGUCCUGUUGGAGUUGUGGGCAAAAAUACUCUGGAUUUGGUAUCAGCCAUAGGCCUGGAUGAUGCCGUCAUACCCGUCACCCGCAGCCACCCUGCCACUCAAAACAGAUUCAUCUACACUCAAGAUGGUCUCCACCGCCUCCCCUCAUCCCUCUCCUCCAUCCUCAGACGGCAGGCCCCGUUUUCUCAAUCACUCCUGUCCAGACUGAUCAAGGAACCGUUCGCUGUGAAGUGUAAAGAGGAUGAUGAGAGCAUCCAUGAUUUCUUCUCGAGAAGACUUGGGAAAGAGAUAGCUGAAUACCUGGCCAACCCAUUCUGUCGAGGUAUCUUUGCCGGGGAUUCCAAGCAGCUGAGCAUGAGGGCUUGCUUUCCUGCAAUAUUUGACGCUGAGAGGAAGUAUGGUUCAAUUAUCAUAGGAGGCUUUCGGAGCAAGCCAGAAAAAUUCCCAGAUAUUGGGACAAGCAGUAUCGCCCAGAGGGCCAAAGAGCAGAAGUGGGCCAGCUGGACAAUGACCGAUGGACUGCAGACGUUUCCUAACAAGCUCUCUGAUUGGCUGGUUGAAAACGGGGUUGAAGUUCGAGGGUCAAACCCAUGCAGCAGGAUUGAAUUUGUCCAAGAAUCAGAUCCAGAUGAUGGCCAAAAGAGAGUCAGGGUUGUGACAGAGAAUCAGGAUGUUUGGGAGGCUGAUCAUGUAGUGUGCUCUACCCCAGCACAAGUCACCCAGGGACUACUUCCACCUAAGCAUCAAACACUAUCCAACCUUCUCCAUCAAAUCACCAGCAGUAACGUAGCAGUGGUUAAUCUUGAGUACGACAAUCUGCAGCUCCCUGUGACGGGCUUUGGUUAUCUGGUACCUUCAUCUGUGCAAUCCAAGAUCCUUGGUGUGGUCUUCGACUCCUGCGCUUUCCCAGAACUUGAUAGGAGGAAAAACCCUACCACAAGAAUGACUUGUAUGAUGGGAGGUGCGUGGUUCCAUGACCUCUUUGGUGACCCACACAGUGUUGACCCCAGUGACCUCUUAUCAUGUGCCUUGACCUCCAUCAAAGACCAACUUGGGAUCAGCCAGAAGCCGACCUUCACAAAGGUCAACAUUCAUCAUGAUUGCAUACCGCAGUAUAAACUAGGACACACAGGACUUGUGGAUGAUAUUCACCUAUACAUCAAGGAUCACCAUCUACCCAUGUCCAUCGUUGGGUCAUCUUAUAAGGGGGUCAGCGUCAAUGAUUGUAUCUUCCAAGCUCGCCAGGCAGUCACCUCCCUUUGAAAGUGACAAACAAAUUUCAAGAAAACACUGGUAUUCGCUUAUACUUCAAGGAUCACUAUCUUCCCCUGACCAUCGUUGGGUCAUCUUACAAAGGGGUCAGCGUCAAUGCUUGGAUCUUCCAAGCUCGCCAGGCAGUAAAUUCCCUUUGAAAAUGACCAACUCUUCCCAGAGAACACUGAUAUUCACUUUAAUAUACAUCAAGAAUCAUCAUCUUCCCCUGACCAUUAUUUGUUGUACUCCCCAAACCAUCGGUUCAUUCUAAAAAUUACCAAAGAACAGUGGUACUGUCAAACCUGUCUAAAGCGACCGCCCAAGGGAAGAAAAAAAGAAAGUUGUCUUUGUGGACAGGUGGUCUUUGUAGACAGGUUCCUUUAGUACAUGUUUCAAUGAGAAACCAUUUUAAAGGGAAACGAAAAGUAUGGUCUUUGUAGACAACUGGUCACUAAAGCAGGAUUGACUGUAUAUAGACCUUUGACCCUGAGAGGACUGCAAGUUUGCCAAAUCAUUACAAAUUGUUGUUUGUUUGUUUGUUUUUUCAAUAUUUUUAUUUGAUAAUUAGUGUACGUACAUGUAUAUCACAUGAAGUAUUUAUAUCAGAAGUCUUUCAUUGGGCACGGUCAUUCGCUAGUAACCAUAUAUUUGUUACAUUUACAUGUAGUACUAUUAUGCGCUUGUAUGUGAAUUUUCUGCACUGAAGAUCAUUCCGUUUAAUUUUCCCUGAAAAUAGUUUAAAAGAGUCAUUAUUAAGAAAAGGUGUUUUGUAAUUGAAUAUCAAGUGUUCAAAGCCAGAAUGAUGCUAUUUCUGUAUUUGACACACCCUUUUGGCUUCAAAAAAUGAGGUAACCUCAUUGAGAAUCCUUGUCUGAGAAACAAGAUGAAUUUUUUAUCUCUUGUUGACUUGACAUGGUUACUGUGCUUGAGAGUUAGUUCUUAAAGAUGUAAGCGAGUACUGGUUAGCACUUUCUUUGUUAAAGAAACCACCAGAAAGUAAUUUGGGAAAGGAUAUUUAAUUAUUUAUUGAUUCCAAGUAUUCGCAGAUCUUUUGCACCUGGAGACGGAGAAGUCCCACUUUGUGCAUUUUAGGAUAAUCACUGCCAAUAAAAAAAGUAAUGGAUGUGCUUCAUAAACAUCUGUCGAUAGCCGUCAGGGAAGAAUAAUUCCACCAUAGAAUGUUCCGUCUGUGCAUAAAUGAAGAAUGAUUACGGAACAUUCAUGAGCACGUACCUAGUGGGUUUAACAAAUAUUGGUAUAAAUUACCUUUAUUUGCCCAUGCGCAGAUUGUAUCUAUGUAUUGGCUGAUUGAUUUAGUACCAAUCAUUCAAGCAGAACUAAGAAUUGUUUUCACCCUUUUUCUUCUUCUUCACCAUUCAAUACAACUCAAUGGAAUUUGUUCACCAUUCAAUGGAAUCCGUUCACCAUUCGAUUGAAUUCAUCACCAUUCAAUGGAAUAUCCAGUGCAUUAUGAAAAUAUACACCAAUCAAUCUUCAGAUUCAAUCAUUAGGAAAAACACAAGAAUAAUUUGAAUGAUGAAUGAAAAAGUGAAUAUCAAGUACAUGUAUAAUGU